AUGGACAAAACAGAUAGUGAUGCGGCAGCGACUCCGGCGCACGAUUAUCCCGCUGACGAACUCGAUGAACUCGACGACCUGUUGGCUCGCCAUGAAAGUUUCAGGGGAUGCUUCUCUAGUAGUCUGGUCGACCAUCGCAUGCCCUGCACGGCCUCCGAUGACACAUGGUGCCAGAUUGUGGCCGUAAUUCCCCAGUGGAACGAGUUCCUCGGUUGGCUUGAGCUGGAGCUGCAUAAGUUGCCCGGAGAGGGGAGACAUAUGGGACUCGUGCAGGUCUGCAACAUUUGUCAUGUGCGGCCCGAAAAAAACCAAAUACUUCAGGCCGCCGCCAUCCUCUACUGGCUCCUGAAAACGCAUCGCUGCGUGGCGUCCAUCCAGAUUCCAGACUACAAUGGCGAUCUGGUAAUGACCUAUUGGAGCAACGUCGUCAUUGGCCGUGUGCUAAGCGGAAAUGACUCCGUGAAAUCUUUGACCUUUGCUGAGCUUUUCCCGCUGACAAGCGAACGCCUUUGCGAAGUUUUCCCGUCGAUGAAGCGCCUGGAAGAACUGCAUUGUGGUGCAUUAUCUCAAGAUGCCUCGUGUACACACAUGGUUUUGGAGCUUCUCCGUGGGUCUCAGACGUUAACCGUGCUCGAUUUCAUAGUACCAUACAUUGACGAGACGCACAGGUGUCGCCUGCUAAGCGCACUCGUGGUCAACUCCAUGCUGCGAGAUUUGACGCUAUGUGCCACUGCAAUAGUUGCACUGCCUCAGUCGUUCAUAGACUUUCUGAGUAGCACGGUCGCACUGAAAUACUUGAAAGUGUACGGAAUCCUCAGAGCCGCUAAGCGCAAGGCCAUGAAAGUGAUUUUUCAAGGCAUGCUCAAGAAUGAAACAGUCAGCAGUCUGGAAGCACACGAGCUCAGUUUGGAUAGUGAAAGCGUCAAUUUGGGAGCCAAAAUGCUGGUGCAGAGCAAAGUGUUGCGAGCCUUAAGUCUGUGGCGUUGCUUGUGCAUUCUUGAUCAUUCUAUCGCCGAACGGCCCAGCAACAUAGAUUUUACUAAAACCGCCUCCUGGCUAGAGGCCAUCUUGAACAAUGGCACGCUAGAAAAUUUCACGUUGAGCUUGAACGUGUGGACAAGUGAGUGUUGGGGACAAUUCUUUCGUGUUUUGUCGCGACAUGGCAGCCUAAAGAUGGCAACUCUCGUCACGGACGACAACGACCGCGAUCGCCUGGCCGACAUCGCGAACAAGCUUGGCGAAAUUGGUUGUGAGGAGAAAGUCACCUUCGUAGACUAUUAUACCGGCGAUAGCAUCUCGCUAGCAGACUGCAAGAAUUACUCCGAACUGUGCGCAUAUGUGAGCGCCACAGAGAAUUGUAGGGCGUUGCCAGUUUAUCAACAGCUCUCCACAUUUCCCCCGUUGACAUGUCUGAGCCUAGGAAUGGAAGAGUGGGGAAAGGAGUUGUGCUGGCUUCUCGUUGACUUCGUAUCGGCGACGUGCACGCUCCAGACGCUCGAAUUGGAGCUCAGAGGGAGGAGCUUUCGGACCGAAUCGCACGACUGGUGGCCAGGUCUGUCGCAGUCUCUGCUGCGCAACGGAAGCAUCAUUGAUCUGGGCCUCGAAGUUCUCGUGAGAAACCACAAUGAAGGCGUUGAAUGUCUAGGCAAAGCUGUAGCACAAAGCAAGACGGUCAGAACGCUCCGUUUGGGUUGGCGGUUCGCAUCCAAAUGCGACAGCUUUCUUCAAGGCGUGCUGUCUGUCGUCGAGAACUACGCGUUGUGCCACGUUGAGUGGGACUGGGAGGUUCCUUUCUCGCAGAGUGGAGCCCACCUGCUGAAUGCCGUGGUUGACGUCGCACAUCGGAACUCUGGCUACGUGGCACGUGCCGCCCAAUUCCUGGACUGCAGACGUUGUGACACGCCCUGUGCUGCCGCUUUGGACCGAGUGCACCGGCACCCAGCCCUCAUGGCAGAGCUGGCCAAAGUAUUGUCCCUCUCCGAAGCCGACGCCGCAAUCGCCGUGCGACGGCGAUUUCGAAGCAUCGAAGGCAUGCACGAGUUCAUGCGACUGGCCGGUGUCGUCAAGGCACGGGUCACGUGUGAGCCACGUGACGACGGCCGCACUCGGCUGGACGCCCUAGGCGAGCAAUGCUGGGCCCACGUGAGACGGUACUUGCAGCUCGACGACGUGGUGUGGCACUGA